AGAUCAACCUGGGAAUAUGACAAGGAAUAGCAAGAAGUAAAUUAUUACAGCAGAAGAGAACAGGGAUGAAGUAUGAACCUGAUUCAGUUAGAAUCAGUGAUAUUCGUGUAAGUUGUUGUGAAAAGAGGAGCAAAAGUACCUCAUCACCCAAUGGAGGGGCAGACAAUGAUGGGAGUCUUGCUGAACACAAGUUCUACAGAACAGGCAUCAGUUCUGAAUUCACAAAUGGAAAAGAAGAGACUUUUGAUUCUUUGCAGGUUGACCCUGCCAAUUACAACCGGUUAAGUCGGUCAUCUUCAACAAAGGAUGCUGACCCGGCCGGAAAUGUAUUUCAACGUGGGCUUGUCUACUGGGGGGUUUACCUGCCAACCUUUUCAGGAGGAUUACAGGACAGGAAACUUGAAGAUGCUUACCAACGAUAUUCUCAUAGACAAAGACAAAAAUCCCUUAUCCUGGUCAACAUAUUCGAUCUUGCAAUUAAAGUUGUAAUCAUUCUCAAGGUGAGCUGUCGGUUUGAGCCUGGUUCAGAUGAUAAAGUUGGGAGGAAUAUGCUUGGUGAGAAAAAUCUUGUCAACACUACUCAAGAUUUCACAGUGUUUAAUGAACAUGGAAAAGCCAACCAACCCAACAUGAGUCAAACAAAAGGUCUCUGCUUGAUAUCUUAG